CGUCAAUAAAACAUAUAUGAACCCACACACGCCAGGCAAUGCAAGUAGCUGGCCAUACACUCACACACACCUCACACCGAUAGAUAAAGACGCCUCACGAACAAAUCGACGUAUCGACGUAUGCCUUCCUGCCAUCCAUCCAUCCAUCCCCUGUGAGUGUGUCACCUCAGCCCAGCCACGAGCCUCAUCCAGAGAGACGGGCGCCUCCUCUGCUGCCUCCGUGGUGGCAGCUGGGCCGCGGCUUGAUCGAUGCUGUGGGGGACAAGAGAUUCGGCUUGUGAUGAUGACAGGAAGGGAUGGGGAGGAGGGAUGCUGUUCCCCUGCAGACAGACACGCAGCCAAGAGACAGAUACAGCUGGCGGAAUAAAUGACAAACUCGCCUCUUACCAUUUGGUCGAGUUUUCUCGUGUCCUUCAGCCCCGCACCGCCCCCCUCAGCCGACUCGCCCGUCAACAGCUGCGCACACAACACAACCCAAUCAGCACCGACGUUGCUUUGGUGUCUCGCCUGUGUCUGUGUAGCUGCUUACGUCUUUGAAUGCAUCAUCUGACGUCUCCUCGCCGAACCUCCUGGGUAUCUUCUGGCCCUGAGCCGCUGCCGCACGGAUCCUGAUGAUCUCGUUGGCCUUCUCGUGCAGUAACUGUGUGAAUGCGUAUAUCAGUGUGUAUCAGUGUCUCAUGUGUGUGUGCGUGGUUUGGUGUAUCUCCCUGUCACCUACCUGGUCCUGUGCCGUGGUUUCCUUUUGCAAUGCGAUGGCCCUGCUGAUGGCAGACACCGUGGACUCGACAGACACACGAAAACCCUCGUCAAACCUGGUUUGGUUGACAGAUCAGACGACCAAAGGAAGACAUGGCAUGGAGUCUUUGUCUCGUGUUGCUGACCUGUCCAUUGCCUCUUGCACUGCCACGGCCUCCGUCUGAUUGGCCCUCCUCCUGACGGGGUAGGGCGUCGCCCAGCCAGUGAGGUGACGCUCACGCAAGAGCUCACGCAGUCCCCUGUCGACCGAUGGCACGGCGGCCUCAGCCAUGGCAGUAAGCCAUGACUUGCCUGGAGACAGCAUACAAACAGCAGCCAACGAAUGCAUCCGUGGACAGGCCAGGCCGUAGGUGAGGUGGCUCUCCCUACCGCUUUCAUGUGAAUGUGCGAUGGGUGUGGCCCCGUCCUGAUCGAGAUGCCGCCAUGACGCGUCAUCUGCCGACGCGGGGAUGGAUUGCACACGCAGGCCGGCCAGGAGAGAGCCGAGGGCCGCUCGUAGUGGUGACUGGAGGGUCCUCAGCUGCAGCAGAUAGGCCUCGACCACCUCGUACAGGGCGCGCUGCACACAUACAGCCACACGAGAACAGACAACUGUGUCCCUCUCCUCUCGCCCUUCAGUUCUCCAUCACCAUGUGUUUUCUCGGUGCAGCGAAGUCCACAUGAAGGAUGGCGGCGUGGGGCGCUGUCAGCAGCACAGGGCUCCCAAACACAUGAAGAGGCAGCCUCGCGUCGUUUCUCCUCAUGUGGCGUCUCGAUAGCACCGACAAGAGUGACUCUGACGCGUGGGAGUGCCGUCUUGGUGGGGCCUUGUCUUCUUGAGCCUUUCCCAAGUGCCCCAAUGCGUCGAGUGCCGACUGACGGGCGAGGAGGGCGUCGAUCGAUAUGAGUUGGUUCAGGUCAGGGUGGCUGUCCAGACCGAUGCUGGCCCUGAUGACAUCGCCGAUCGCGGCCUCCAGUCCAUCUCCUGACGAAUCUGACGGGAGGAAACAAGGUGAUUACAGCAUAUAUGUUUCUCGUGCCUCUCUCUUCUCCGUCCCACCGAGUGUGGCCACGAUGGACCCCACUGCGGCAUCCCCAAGCACCAUGGCAACCUCCCCGGCCACUGCAUUGCAGGGCCGCCGGUUGCAUGGCCGAUAUGCCACAGGCCGGCCGGAAGCUGGACACUCAUAGUGGGGGAGCGCCUCCAGCUCGAGCGCGGUCCCAGUGUCUUCGCUUAUCAGGAUCAUGGUGUCGUUCUUGCGGAUGGUUCUCGAAGGGUCCCGGACACAACGCAGCUCGCGCACCUGAGCAAAGAAGGUGAGCUAUAAGCUCUGUAUCGUCUCUGUCUGUCUGUCUGUCUGUCUAAGUGACCGUGCAGGUACCGGACCUGUACGCCUUCCCCACAGACUUGUGAGCACUUCUGCCACAUCCCGACAAUCCACCGUGCACCAUUAGGGUGGCCAGCACUUGCUGCACCACGCGAUUGGUCACAGCCUUGCCUCCCGCAAUAGCACUUGCCCUUCACACAGAUGCCCCGCCACCCACACGCGCCUCCGCAAUCCGACGUGAUGUCCACAGACGGCUUCACCACCACCUCCACCCCCCGCACGACCGCCAAUGUCCUUGUCGGCUGUUGCUGGUGGGUGGGAGAGGUCUCGCCCUUGUCACCGGACGGGAGGAUGGUCGUCACUUCUGCCUUGCCCUUUGUGUCCACAUGACUGGAUGUGCCUCUGUCUCCAGCAGCAGAUGCGCCCCCGAACAGCCUGCCAAGCCAGCCGCCGGGGUGAUCGGAUGUGCUGCUCUCUGUCUUGACAAAUCGCGGCGCUUUAGUGAGGGGCGCCUCGGCGCGCUGUCUUGUCUUAUCUCGCGACAGGACAGCCAUUGCGAUUGCCAGUCCCAUGCCACCACCUGUGGGCAGCAAACCCGCUCUUCUCGACGACAUUCGGAGGUGCCGCAGAGCCCGGCCGACCAUCAGCAGCAUGGCUCGCCCCCGUCUCCUCAGUGCCGGCAGGAGGGCCUUCAUUGCGUGAGGUGGCGGGGCUGUGGCAGGGUGGAAGCCGAUAAAUGAAGGUGCAGGGGAAAGGUAGGCCGUCAGGUUGCCGACGACACCCUCGAUCCACUGCACGAUGCUUCGCGUUAGAUCCAGGGUGGAAAGCUCACUGGCUGAGAGGGGGGCGAUGAGAGAUUGCUCUCUGUUGCCGGGGUCAUCAUCGUGCUGCUGUCUUGCGCCAAGCUGGUCGUCGUAUUCGGCCACGAGUGUGAGGCAGUAGCUGCGGGUUGGCUCGAGGCCCUCGAUAGUCAGAUACGGGCGGCGGGCCGCGUUGAGACUCGUCACGUCCUUGUCCAACACUGCACGAGACGAACACACAGGAUCAUUCCUUUGCGUCUUACGUACGUGUUACUGUAUAUAUUGUCUUACCGAUAGUGCCCUCCUCCUUAUCAUCUUGUGUGACCACCAGUGAGAGGCGACUGAGGUCCCGCAGCAGUGGCACCCACCGCACCCACAGCGAGCCCCUCACGCGACCCACCAAGGGUGUCGGAGGCGGCUCAUACUCGGGCUGUCCGUCCCCCCUCACCCGCACCGCCAUGCUCUUGCAGGUCUGCUCGUUGCAUGGCUUUGUCUGCGACUGUUCGGCAUCGCCACACGCGCCUUCCCGCCCCUCCCGCACCACCAUUCGUCGUCUUGUUUGUGUGCCGCCGUCACAGGACUUGCUGCAAGUCGACCAUUCAGACCAGCUUGACAGCAGACACACGCCCUGCUCGUGUGCCUCCCACAGCCGGCGGCACAUCUGCCCCACAUCGACCAGAGGCCCGUGAUAGGCCGGCUGGUCAGCAGAUGUGGCACCAGUGGCAUUGUGGAUGCGAUAGCGCCUCAGAAAUGAUGAAAGAUGGGUGUCGUUGACGCGUCUCGUGUCGAUGAUAUGGGUGUGUGGCGAAGGGGAAGGUGUUGCCGACGGCUGAGGGGCAAAGAUGUCCUGGCACGCGUCGAAGGCCUGGCUGAGAGGGGGGAUGAAGCAGAGAGUGCGGAGUGGCACGUCAGCAUCGAGUUGCUGCUGCAGGUCCGUGGCACAUGUCUGCAGCCAAUGGUCCUUCUCCUCGGGACCUGCAGGCAGGCAGGCAGGCAGGCAGAGACAUGACGCAGAGGAAGGUAAUGUACCUGCCGCCGUGAGGAGGGUGGCGCAUAUUGCGGGAGCUCGCUGAUCGUUCUCAGUGUCGUUUGCGGUCGAUCGGCUGAUGAUGUGGUGGAUGGCAAUGCCCAGUUGGUCGCAGAAAGGCGGGGCUUCAUACUCCUGAACAAAUCCCCAACGAGGCGGUGUGUGUAGACGUGUGCUCUCAGGGCACUCACCUCGAUGCAGUAGCCCUUGAUCUGCUGCAGUGCUGUAUUUGCAACGUCUGUCGGCGUCUGUGUGAGCAGAUGAUGCACGUCGGCGGAACACUGCAGCAUGUCGCUGGAGACGUCCUCGCCCAACGAACACAGCUGCUGCGGGUCACUCAAACCAUCCAACGCCGCAGACCUGACACACAUACACACAGACAGACAGACAGAGAGAAGAGAACAGAACAUGCAGCAAAGGCACCACCUGCAGCCAUCCUCAUGACUGACUUACCUGACGGCGUCGCAUUUCUUGGCCGCUGCCUGAGUUAUCGCCCCCUCCAUGCAGUCAUCAUACAGCAGCUGAGCCCUCUUCUCGCCAUCCCCUCCGGCUGGCUUGAGCAGCGACGUCGCGCGUGCGACACAUGUGUCGAAGGCGAAUGCGUUGGGAUGGAGAGUCACUGCCAGAGGGCCACAGACGAGGGAUGGAUGGGGAUGGUCCUGUGCUGAGCUCAGUGUCUCCUCGACAGCCUGCUUGAGUGGGGCACAAGCGAGGGCCUCUCCCGUGUUGCGUGCCGAUGAGUCGCUGUCUUGUCCUGUGCACGCGCGGUAUACCGUGUCAGCAAAUGCAUCAGCUGAAGACGCAUUCGCACCAGCCAUAGAGCUAAUCACGUCCUGACACACCUGAAGGAAGACACGGACAGACAGAUGGAGCAUUUAAAUGACUGACAAUCGCACUCAAAGACCAAUGAAUGGCUUUUUUUGCACCUGGUUAGCGUCCGAUCCAUGAACACCACUGUGUCCGUGGUCCAAUCUCUUUCUCGGCGCGAAGCUGCGCCAGCUUGGCGAGAAGAGUCCACACAGGUUGGCCUCCGUCACGUGCCCACGGUCGACCAGAUGCGACACUUCGGCCAUGAACACGUCACAUCUGGCUGUACCCGGCCACUUCUCGGCCACUCGCUGACACGCCUUCCUCGCCACGCCCUCCAGCUCCUCGCUGCCGAGUAGAGGCCUUUCCAUGUGCUCGUCUGUGCCGGUAGAGCCGCCUUGUGGAUUGAUGACAACGCUGUGGGGGGAGACGUCACUUGUCUGCUGAGCAGAGAAAAGGAGGCUGGCUCGGGCGGUCGGCCCCGGGGCAUUCUUGGCGUUGACCUUGUCGAGCUGCAGGGCGGCGAGAAGCUCCACACAAAUGCUGAGGGGCGUGUUCGUGGCCAGGAUGGGGAGACCAUGACCGUCAGGCUGGUUGCUGUCGGAACCUGCCGGCCUGGAGGUAUUUGCCUUGGCCGCUGCCGAGAGGGAGCUGCCGAUAUGACUAUCUUCCGUCUUGUUGCCGUCCCUCAGACCCUCGGUAUCUUGCCCUCCUGCGCGCCGAGUGUACAAGGGUGCCACCAGAGAGCACAGCACGCCAGGAUGGAUACCUUCCUCGACCAGAGACGAAACAGCAGUGCCGAAAGCCAUACAGCCGACACCAUCCGUCGAGACAUCCUUGGCCGCGCGGAGCGGCUGUGGCCGACUUCUGCGCCAAGGAAGGUGGUCGAACAUCGAGCUGAAUGGGUUGCGGCUGCCUGACCGCUGGAAAAAGGCAGUAGGGGCGUGUUGCGCAUGGGAAGGGCAUGUCUGCUGGCAGAGGGAGACGAAAUAUGCGGGUGCGUUGGUGUGGGAUAGGGGGGAGGGAAGAGCAUCGUGGCUAGUCGUGUUGGCCGCUACUGGGAUGAUCAGCUGCCCUUGCUCCAGCCCCUGCAAAAGAGCAAUCAAUCAAGCAUAGUGACAUGUAUGUGUCUUUGAUUUCUUUCCUUCUCGGCUUGACUUACCCUCACGCACUUGUCCCUGCCGUGCUGCCACAGAUAAUCAGAGUUCCCUCCGUAUCUCUCCAACUCGUGCUGGAAAAGACCGACGGCAUCCCUCAGCUCAGCUGACAUGCCCAUCACACCGAGGCCUCUAUCCCCGCUCCUCAGCUGUAUGAGCCCCUCGAAUGCGCCAAGGAAAUCGGUUGAUAGAGACGAACGGUUGCUGGGUGGUCUUGGGGCUCCCAGGAUGUGAUCCAGGUCCAUGUACAGGGGCGAGAGGACCGAACACAGCUGGGAGGGGGGCAGUCCGGCCGACACGAGAGAUGCCAGGUAGCGCCCAACGACCAAACACGAUGAGUGCAAACCCUCAUCGGCGGGCUGCUGCUGGAGCAACGUUGUCGGAGCAGACACGCACAGGUUGCCGAAGUGGUCCCUGACGGAAGACGCUGAGAGAGGGAGGGCGACCGACGCUGCACCCUCCGUCCUCAGAAGGCCUUCCCGCAGUAGAUCCUGUAGACAGUGCUUCUCGGCCAGCUUCCUCUGGUCAGUGUUUGCAUCCAUCCACAGCAGCUGUGGAUUGAACAGAUGGCGCAUCGUCGCCUCCACAAUGGCGCCGGGCGAAGGGGGCGCCGCAGCUGGCCGUGCGGCAACGAUGCGCUGCAAUGGGCAUCGUGCGAGGGGGAGAAGGCACCCAAGAAGCGCCAAGACCAGCAU